GGUAGAAGGAGAGAAGGGUGACGAGGCGGAGUGGCAGAAAUGCCGUCCUGCUUACCGUCCACCUGAGUGGGCUGAAUGGAGGUGCUGGGUUCAAGUCCUAGUGCCUGCAGUGGGUUUUUCUCGUUUUUCCCCACUGCCAAGCUCAGGUACUCUUCUCCCUCCCUGGGUAAUGGCCCAUUCGUGGGGUCCAGUGGUUGUAAUAAAGGUUUUUUUUUUUUUUUUUUGGUAUGAAUAUACGAAGUACAGCCAGCGACUUGAAUAUUCAUUGGAUAUGCAGAUAAGCUAAGCCAUCUCUCAGUCGGAAGGAGACAGAGACCAACAAGCUUCCUGCCAAACGACAGCUAACUCCCCCAGAAAUUUGACCAGUUUUUAUUUCAAGCAUCUUCCACCGAGUUCACAUUGAGAGAAAUAGAACAGAACACCGCAAAGUGAAGAAAACUGAACGAGCUGAACGUUAAAAAUUGUGGAGGAGCUUGAAGCACAGGAUUCGACGAAGAAAAGAACUCCCGAGCGGACUGCAUCCCGAAGCCACGUCCCACACCUAAAUUUUAAGAAUAUGGCAUCCGCCGACUCGAAAAAAAUGAACGUUGGCCCCAACGUUGAACCCCUGAAGAUUUCCUUGAUUCUCGAAGCUAUCUUCUCCAAUCUCGACCUCCCGGAACUGAAAACUUCUCGGCUAGUGUGUCGUGAGUGGGACAAAGUCGGAGUCACUUUAUUAGGAAAAAUGGCUCUUCUCCAUGUCAACAAGCUUUUUUCCUCCGAGGCGUCCGAACCAGCAGAGAUGACCCCUGUCAACGACAAGCUGAUCCUGCGCCUCUUCAUCUCCGACAAGUUCGACUCAUCCAUUCCGGAAGAUAAGAAGACAGAGCUAAUGACAAGAGCUCUCACGCUCGUAGAAAAAGUGUCCGAUUUAACUCGUGAAAUUAAAUUCCUAGUCGGCCAGAAGGAAUUUGUUCCUGCUUUCCUCGAAGGAAUAAGGAUGUUGGGGUCCACAAAAAUCAAACACGUUGGGAUCUUCCGCGCCUGGGGAGACAAUAGCGUCGACACAAUUCCAGCCCAGGCAUAUGGAGAACUCCCUCCUCAAUCUAGCUUGACCUCCCUCAAGUUCGAAGCUCUCUCAAACAAUCAACCUGACGCCACCAAGAACGUUCAAUACGACCCCGUCGUUUACUGCAGCGAACUACUACCCCUGAUCAAAAUCUGGCUAGAUUCUGCCCCCAAUUUGACUAGUUUGGACGUCGCGACGUCUUUCAAUCCAAAUUUGGAGGCCUGCACAAAGCUCGAAGUGCUGAAAUUUAAAUUAUUCAGGUGUUGCGAUGAGCAUUACCGUGACCUCAAUGUGACCGAGAUGCUGACACAAGUUAAGGAUUCCUUAAUCGAGCUGGAAUUGUGCCAUUCUGUGCGUACAUAUGAAUCCAUGAAGCACAUCCAACUUGAGGAAGUUCCCGUGAUGUUGAAAUUGACCUCGCUCACCAUCCAUGCCGUAGAGGUUUACGAAAUUGGGGACUUUUUUAAUGAGAAGAACUUCCCAGAAUUAACAUCCAUCUCUCUCCGAAACGGAUUCCCGCCGUCAUCGUUGUUAACGCAUCUAAACAUGUGGACCCAACACGGUAGAGUGCACUCUCUCACGUUGGACAUGGGUUCAGACGCUAGUAAUGUGCAAGAAUUCGGGGGGGAAAUGGUCGAUUUAUUUCCCUCUGUUAAGGCAUUGGAUUUGAGGCUGGAUAUGAAAGUUUUUAAUAUCACUGAUAUAACGCCACCGGUUCGAGACGAUUGGAUUCCUUUGUGGACGCCUGCCUCCAUCCGUCGGUUUAUGGAACCCUUCCAAAUAUGGGAUUUACAACGGGUCAACGUUUCGGUGGAAGUGAAUGCAUCCGCCUUGUUGAUUGAUGCCCUCCAAGCUAUUUCCCUUUUGAAAGGAGAUAAAAAAGUCCAGUUCGACUUUACUUGGAUUGACGACACGAGUGAUAAUUUUUCUGACCGUGUGCAAGAUAUGAUCACACACAGUGAAACAUUCAAGAGAGUAGAAAUUAAGAUAAAUAUGGCACCGGAUAUCGUGGAACGACUACAACGCAUUGUUGAAGCCAGUGGUGCGCCCAUCCAUUUUAUCGGAAAGAGUGAAUGAGAGUUAAAUGAGAUAUAUUAGUACAUAAUAAUUACUAACUAAUUUAAGGUUUUAAUAUUAAAAUUAUCAUUUUUCGAUUAUCACAAUUGCAACAAUGUUUCUAUCGCCUGAAAACAAUGAGACGUCUUCUAAAUUCAUAAUUGGAUUGUAAUGAGAUUCUAUUUAUAAAAUAACUGAUAAUAAUGCCAUAAUUAUAUAGAUUAUUAAGUUGUAAGCAUUACACAAUUUUUGUUACCUUUUUUGAUUUUUUUGUUUAUAUAAAACUCUGCUCCUGUUUUUCCAUGGACAAGAUAAAUUCAACACCUGAAUGAUGACGACUAUUUCGACUAACGAGAAGAAAGAUCCAUUUGUCCAUCACACUCGACUGGAUGAAAAAAUUGCCAAAAUUGUCAAAAUAAUUACAUUUUUAAAUAUUUCUCUACUCUGGGAAUGUAUUUUAAAAUUCUGGACUAAUUUUAGAACCUGCGUGCACAUCACUUCACUCUAGACGAUAAUAGCAAUAGCAACGAUCCUCGCUCAAAUUGUUAGUGGGUUAUGCAAAUAUGCUCAUCAUAAAUUAUUACGUGCCUUAUUUUAAACACAUAGUAGAUAAUCCUCCCAUCAGUCCAGAUUACCGAAAUCCUACCGUAACUUAUUUCAAUCCAACGUCAUUAACAAACGGACAAACUAUAUCGUUCAAUAAAUAAUGUCACCAAUGCGCAGGGAUCCUCUACGUCAUCGUCGGACCACACUGUCCCUGACAACGUCUACCACAAUCAAACCCAUUUACAGUUCGAGAAUAUCAGUAGAUCAAUCGCUCAAUCCUUUUUUAAUCAAAUAUUUUAAGAAUUUUUAUCUUGUUAAUUCAGAAAUUGCUAUCUUACCAUUGAAUUUUUAUGUACAUAAGAUACUAAAUAUUAUGCUACCUACCUUUAUUUAAUUAUUAUUAAUUAUUAUGCAAAAUGAGAGAAUAAACUCAACGAAAAUCAACAC